AUGGCGAUGACAUCUCUGAGACUGAUGCGGGUAAGGACCCAAAGGGCCUCGUUUUCUUCUUCUGCUGUGAAAUGGGAAGGUGGGGUUUCCAUGGUGCAGGGUGCAUCCAGAGGAAUUGGCCUUGAAUUCGUUAAACAGUUGUUGGAGAAGGAAAAAGGUCAUGUUAUUGCCACUUGCCGUAAUCCUAGUGGGGCAACAGGUCUUCUUCAUCUGAAAAGUAAAUUUGCUGAACGCCUCAGCAUUCUACAAUUGGAUGUGACCAAUGAAAGCACCAUAGAGGAAUCUGCCAAGUCUAUCAGUGAAAAAUAUGGCUCUUUAAACCUUCUCAUUAAUGCAUCUGGGAUUCUUUCCAUACCUCAAGUACUGCAACCAGAAACGACGUUGAGGAAAGUAGAGAAGUCAUCUUUGCUGCUUGCUUAUGAGGUUAAUGCUGUAGGUCCUAUUUUAGUGAUCAAGCAUAUGUGGCCUCUCUUAAAGGAUGGAGGUGGCUUGGGAACUGAAAGGGAUGUUGCAGUUGUGGCCAACUUAAGUGCCAGAGUGGGAUCCAUAGGUGAUAAUCGCCUUGGGGGUUGGCAUUCUUAUCGAGCUUCAAAAUCUGCACUUAAUCAACUGACAAAAAAUAUAUCAGUGGAAUUUGCGCGAAGGAAGGAUCCAAUUACGUGCAUUUUAUUGCACCCAGGUACAGUGGACACAGAUCUCUCCAGGCCAUUUCAGAGAAAUGUUCCUGAAGACAAACUUUUCACAACAGAAUUCUCAGUACAGAAGCUCUUAAGCAUCAUCCACAAUGUGAAAAGCCAUGAAAAUGGAAAGUUUUUCGCCUGGGAUGGUCAGGAAAUUCCUUGGUGA